AUGAGUUUAUCACCAAUUGUCGAAUCAUCAAGUGAUAUUGAAAGACAUCUAAGUUCAAAUGUGAUAAUUGAAAGACCCACUACUGAAUCUACAAGUUCAAAUAUGAAUCAUGUUAAUAUUCGAUUUACUAUUGCUUUCGCUGUACCUGCCGAAUCACAAUUAUCAACUGAGUCUCCUGCACCACAGAGUAAUACUUAUACUAGUGGACGAGUGUCUGAAACAUCAAAAAUUCAAGGAUAUUAUCGUAUUGAAUAUUCAUUAAUACCUGGUGAAGCAAAUGUUGGUUUUGAUGUUAUUGUAUUUCGAACAGCUGCAAAAAUCUAUCCAGAUAAUCAAGAUAGUCGAGUUGUAUUAACAUGGGAAGAUGAAGAUGAAAAUGUUUGGAUAGUUUGGAACCAUGUUCAUAAGCUUGAUUUAAAUCGUGAACGUUUAUUAGCAUUAUUAUCACAUCAAAUUCUUGUUAAAAUAUGGGAUGGUAAAGAAUAUUGUACAGUACGUACAAAACUCGAUAAACCUCGUAUGGGACGUGCUAUUCAUAGUUUAAUAUCAAAUACUGAUGAAGAGAGUUCGCCGAAGAAUGUAGUACAAAGUAUAGCACAAAACUAUGCAGAUAAGUGGGUGGCAAAACCUCUAUUAUAUAAAUUACGUCGAAAAUUACCAAUCAAUAUUCCACCUCCAUCACCAUUUUUGCAGAAAAAAAUUGAUCAAAUAGAAAAUACUCGCAUAUCAACACCAUCAUUAUCGAAUGUGUUACAAGAAAAAUUCAUUGAAAAUUUAAGUGGAGAAAAUAAUGCAUUAACUGAUGAAACAACACCGAAUCCAACUGAAAAUCGACCUUCCAGUCUUUUUAAAAGGACUCCUGAUGAAAAUGAAACAAAAACAGAAGAGAAUAUAAAACGGAAGAAAGGAACAAGAAUACAUAGGCAAUAUGAUGAAAAAAAAGACAAAGGUACUGCUCAAAUAACUAUACCAAGCAAUUUAAUCUUUGCAGGAUUUAAAAUAAUCACAUCUCGUCUUGAUGAUCAUGCGAUAUUACCAAGAAGUAUUCAUGAUUGUUUUGUUAGUAUUAAAAUUGAAGAUCAUCAAUUAAUGAAUGAAACACUUACCAAUGAAUUUAAUCCACUUUCCAUAACAAUAUGUCAUGUUGAAAAUAUGCCAUCAACACCUGUAUCAUAUUCUGAGUUAAAACAAAGAUGUGAACCAGUUUAUUGUUCUUAUCAAUUGUUUGAUCAACCAAUUCAUCAAACAAGUAAAAAAUUGCAAGCACGUAAUAUUUAUUGGAAUGAUUUGCAUUUAUAUUUAACAAAUUUAAUUAAUGAAAAUAUAAUGAGUGAAUUUCGUAAUUCUCCUAUUCUUAAUAUUGAAAUUCAUGAUCGAGAUGAACGUGAAGAUAGUCGACGAUGUAUUGGUAGUGUAUUUGGUUCAGAAAAUAAUGAUGAAAUAAUUGGAAGAGUUUCUGGUAAAACAAAUUUAUUGAAAUCAAGAAAAGAUGCUGAAUGGCAUCCACAUGGAUGUGUUAAAUUAGAUUUAUCAGAAUUAUGGCUUGGACAAACAUCACUUGAAUUUUAUAUUCCAGUUGUUCCAUGUCAUGCACCUGAAUCUAGUUCAGGACAUAUAUCAAAUGCAAAACGUACAUUAUCAAAAGAAAAUAUGCAUAUACAACAAGGUGAUUUUCUUUCAAGUGGUACUCAAAUGAAAAUUCUUGUUAAAUUAGCGAAACCUCUUGUACCACUAGUUAAACAUCAACAGUUACCAACAACAAUUAUUUCACCAUUUACUCGUAUUGUUUUUGUAUUUUCUUAUGAUAAUACAAAAUUUUUAACUUCUCUUGAAACUUGUAUUCGAACAAUCAAUGCAAAUGCACUUGGCUUCGAUAAACAUCCAGCACAUAUACAAGUCGCUGCUCUUUCAACAUAUAAAUUAACUGAAGCACAACAAACAAGUCAUAGUUUAAAUAUAAUAACUGGAUUUCAUUUAUUUGAUGAUGAACAACAUUUAUUUAUACUUGAAGGUCGAAAAGAAGAAGCUAUUGAUAUACUUUAUAAACAAUUACCUAAACCACAAGGAAAAAAUGUUGAAAUUCUUUAUGAUUCUUCCGUACGUUUUAAUGAACGUCUUUAUAUUAAAUUAGGUGUAGAUUUAAUACAUAUUAAAUUAUGUCGAACAUUACAUGAUAUUAUUUCUCAACCAUUAAUUUUUGUUCGAGAUUUUCUUACUAAAGAUACAUUUGAAGCACUUGAUAAAUUACAUCAACUUAUUCAUGUACAUAAAUUAAGUUCAACAGCUCGAUAUAAUUUAUUUCCAACAAUUGAAAUGAUUACAUCAUUAAGUAGAGAUUUUGGUGUACCACUAACAGAUAAAGAAAUUAUAUUAUUUUCAAGUGAUGAUCGAACACCAUCAGCAUCAACAAUAAAUGAAAAACGUAAUAAAAAUAUCAUUAAUAAUCAUCAUUCAAAUAAUCAAUUAAAACAAGAACAAAUACCAUCAUUAGAAGAAAUUAAACGACCAGAUAUUAAUUUUUUAACAAGAAAUAUUGAACGAGUUCGACUUUCAAGUUUAAGAAAUAAAGAAAAUCAUAAAUAUGAUGAUAAUCUUGUAUUUGUAACAUCGGGUCCUAUUUAUCCAUAUAGUACACAAAAAUUAAAUGCAACUGAAAAUGCACUUGAACAAAUGCGAACAUAUCUGAAACAAAAUUAUCGUUCAUCAUCAUGUUCAUUUAAUCCAGAAUAUCGAUCUGGUACAUUUUCUCCAUAUUCAAAUGAUGAAACUGUUUUAGAUUAUCAUCGAACACUUCGUUCACCAUUAGACUUACAUUUAACAACAAAAGAUAAACAUAUUGAUAAAAUACCAUUAGAUUGGAUUACUUAUACAGGUCAUCGUUCAAGUCGUCAAUCAAAUAUUCAUCCAAAAAUACCAGAUCCAGCUCGACUUGAAGAAUUAUCUAAACCAUCCGAAGAAUGGUAUCAACGAAGUAUAUAUAAUCGUCAAUCAUCUACUAAUACACGUGAACCAUUUAAAUGGAAUGAUCGUAAAGAUGAUUUUGAUCGAUGGACACGUUCAACAUCUUUAGAUCAUCAUAUAUCGGCUCAUUGGCAAUCAACUGAUGAUAAAAAUAAAGCAUUAUUAUCAUCAACAACACCAACAAUAGUUGUUGCCAAUGAACGUAUGCAAUUUUUACGUCGAUCAACUCAAACAGAAAUGACUACAAGUGGAAAAUUAUCUGCUACACAAUUAGAUCGUUUAACUGGAAUACUUAAAGAUAAACCAGUAAAGAAAGGACUUCUAUUACCAAAAUCUUAUGCUAGAAAAAAUGGAGCACGAUCAGCACCAUUAAUACGUAAACGAUCAUCAACAUAUACUCCUGAUCGACGUAUUCGUUCAACAACAACAGUUGCUUUUCGAAAAUAUUCAAAAUAG